CAACACACACUCCAGCAACACCAGCAGCAGCAGCAGCAGCAUCGAGUACAUAAGCGAGGGGCCAGCCAGAGGCGAAGACGAAGCCGCAGUACGAAAAGUGAAAAUAUAUACGGAGAAAAGUUGCACAGAGCAGCAAGCAUAUUUCAUAAGUUCACACACACACACACACACACACACACACACAGACACACGCAACACACACAUAUAUAUAUAUAUAUAAAUAUAUAUAGAGCCAUAUAGCCCAGAGCCAGUUAGAACAAGUCAAAGUCAUAUAUACAUAUACAUAUAUACAUAUAUAUAUAUAUAUAUAUAUAUAUGAGAAGCGGAGACGGAGACGGAGGAGACAAAGGCUAACGCACGACCUUUGGCACAGAGUUCAGCAACUGCAGCUGAGGACACGAACACGGACACAGGAUACAGGACACACAGCGGCGAGGUCAACAAAUCAAUAGAAACAAAGCGCACACAGCGAGCAAGCAGCAAUUGGCCGCAAGCAUUGCCACAGCAACGGCAACUGCAACUGCAACUGCAACAGCAACACCGACAGCAGCACCAAAAUUCACUCGCAAAUUAUGCUGGCCAUGUCGACUUUAAUGAUGCCCGCCCCAACUAUAGCCAUGGGGGCCCCGCAGAUCACGAUGGGCCCCCACAAGCCGCCGGAAACGAAACUACUUGCCAUACAUCCAGCUGCUGCAGCGGCCGCUGCUGCUCAGCAACAGCAAACCGUGACAGCUGCCCAUCUGCAGCACAAUGGUCAUCAGCAACAUGUCCAGCAACAGCAGCAGCAGCAACAACAACAACAGCUGCAGCAGCAGCCAGCAGCACUGCAGCAUCAGCAGCAACAGCAGCUCGUUGGCAGCAACGCCAAGCCAGAACAGUUUCACAUCUUUGUGGGUGAUUUGAGUGCUGAAAUUGAAACACAACAGCUGAAAGAUGCAUUCACGCCAUUCGGAGAAAUAUCAGACUGUCGAGUUGUACGCGAUCCGCAAACGCUGAAAUCAAAGGGCUAUGGAUUCGUCAGUUUUGUCAAGAAAUCGGAAGCGGAAACCGCCAUCACUGCGAUGAACGGCCAGUGGCUCGGCUCGCGUUCAAUACGCACAAAUUGGGCCACACGUAAACCGCCGGCCACCAAGGCAGACAUAAAUGUCAAGCCGUUAACCUUUGACGAGGUAUACAACCAGAGCAGUCCCACCAACUGCACCGUCUACUGCGGCGGCAUCAAUGGCGCCCUUUCUGGCUUCCUCAACGAGGAGAUAUUGCAGAAGACAUUCUCGCCAUAUGGCACAAUACAGGAGAUACGCGUGUUCAAGGACAAGGGAUAUGCAUUUGUACGAUUCUCGACAAAAGAAGCCGCCACACACGCUAUAGUGGCUGUCAAUAAUACGGAAAUCAACCAGCAGCCAGUGAAGUGUGCGUGGGGCAAGGAGAGUGGCGAUCCAAAUCAUAUGUCUGCCAUUGCUGGCCAAGCCCUGGCACAGGGCUUUCCAUUUGGUUCGGCUGCCGCUGCCGCAGCUGCUGCAGCAGCCGCCUAUGGUCAGCAAGUUGCCGGCUAUUGGUAUCCACCGGCACCCACAUAUCCCACAGCGGCACCGGCGAGCGCCUUGCAGCCGGGCCAAUUUCUGCAGGGCAUGCAGGGCUUCACCUACGGUCAAUUUGCUGGCUACCAGCAGGCCAGCUACAUGGGUAUGGGUGUGCAGCUGCCCGGCACUUGGCAGAGUGUGCCGCCACAGCCGCAGUUGACCAGCGCUGCGGCCGCUGCUGCACCACAGAUCACACAGAGCGUCGGCGGUGCCUUGCCCCAGACAGCUGGCGUUGUUGCCUAUCCCAUGCAACAGUUUCAGGUCAGUCCGCAGCUGGCGGAGGAUGAGUGGCUGGCACCGAGUCUGCUCGUGUAGCUGCCAUGAGCGGUGGCCAUGUAUCC